CGAAAUGGUGAACCCUGCUCCCAACAAAGUCCCACCCAGCCUUUCGUCCACCACAAGCCAGGCGAAUCGAGCCGACCCGGAGUCCGAAGCUUCCAUUCCCAUUUCCAGAGCGGCCCCGACGCGCGCAGCGAGAGCCGAUCAGGCGAGCGGCGAACCGAUCGGGCGCAAUGGCGAGCGCCGAGGAGCUGUGCGAGUCCGAGGUGCUGUGGCCCGAGGCGGCCCACGACGACGGCGGCGACGCGCCGCCCGGCUGCAGUUCGUCGUCCGCGGCGCUGGCGCCGCGGUCCAGGACGCCGGCGGCUCGGCGAGGCGUCCCCGACCCCGAGGCGCCGCGACGCGCGGGCUCGCGGCCGGUGGACAUCCCUAGGCCCGCCGCGCGCCCGGCGGCCCUCUGGAGCGACGACGACGGCGGCGGCGGCGUCGGCCGGAGCGGCACCAUGGUGCCGCCGCACGUGCUGGUGUCGCGGCGGCGGCCGGAGGGGGCGGCGGCGGCGUUCGCGCUGCGGUCGGGCCCGGGCCGGGCGCGCGAGCUCAGCCACCUGCGCAACUCCGUGCUGCGCAUGACCGGCUUCAUCGAAGGAUGACAAGGCUGACCCGUGCUCUGUGGUGCGUGGGCAAUUGUCUUCGCAGUCGGCAACUGGGCAUCGUUGCCUGUUUUGUUCGUAUCCGUUUCCCAGUGGUCCCUCAUCACAUUGCGUCUCGAUUUCUUAAGAGGAAGCUCUGACCAUGUUACUUGUGUGUUCAAUGCAUGUGUGGAGAAGUUUCCAUUGCUAAUUGUCACGGGAUUUAAACCAUUUUCGGUGGGUAACAUGUGUGUGUCCUUCGACCAAACAGGUUUACUAGUCUAGUCUGAAUGUCUGAUGAGUUGAACUCCAGUAAAACGUGCAAUUUAGCAGGC